UCUGCUGCUGCUGUAGCAGCUGCUGCUAGAAGUACAUUACGUCCGCCGUCAUUACAAACUCUUCUAGAGGAUACGUCUGAUUCAGUUGCCGCUCCCCACACAUCUUCCUCUGGGGGUGAAUCUGACGGGAGAAGUAGAUCUAUUGAGAAAGGUUCAAGAGUUAGGAAGUUGAAACAUGAUGUCAUUGAAGCAGUUAAUGAACUAAUUCAAGACAUAUCUACUUGCUAUGAACAAAUAGCUGAGCAGGCAGUGGAGCACAUUCACCACAAUGAGGUAAUUUUAACGUUAGGCAGCUCAAAAACAGUUUUGGAAUUUCUUUAUGCUGCGAAGGAAAAGCAAAGAUCAUUUAAGGUCUUUGUUGCUGAAGGUGCCCCAAGAUACCAAGGACAUAUCCUUGCAAAAGAAUUGGCUGCCAGAGGCUUACAGACCACAGUAAUUUCUGAUUCUGCCGUUUUUGCAUUGAUUUCCCGAGUGAACAUGGUUAUAGUUGGAGCUCAUGCUGUCAUGGCUAAUGGUGGAGUUAUUGCCCCAGUUGGGUUAAAUAUGGUUGCACUUGCAGCUCAAAGGCAUGCUGUUCCAUUUGUUGUACUUGCUGGGAGUCACAAGUUGUGUCCUUUGUAUCCACACAAUCCUGAAGUCCUUCUUAAUGAACUGAGAUCCCCGUCUGAGCUACUUGACUUUGGGGAAUUCUCAGAUUGCAUGGACUCUGCAAGCGGUGCUGGUUCUCUUCAUGUUGUCAAUCCAACCUUUGAUUNGGAAUGA